GAGUUUGCCCCCAGUGAUGGGUUAGCAGUUGGGCUGAUGGGAGCGGAGGGUUGGAAUGCACAGCGUUAGGUGGGGUGGAAUCCUGCAUGUGUUUCGCAGCAGCAGCUGCAGUCGCCUCUCACACAGAGCAGAGUCCACGACACAAGGCAGCAGCCAGGAUUACCUCCUCGCCGGAGAGACCCAAUACACCGCGCACCCUCCGCCAUUGUCCCCCCCGCCACCCAUCCGGUGAUCCGCGGCAAGGAGAGCGAGCUGAGUAACGAGGAAUCGAAGGAGCGAGAGCCGGGGUCAUGGUGAAAGACAAACCAGUUGCCCAUUCCCAGGACCCCGGACAGCCCGCCGAGAAGCCGGUCAUCAACUGCCAUAAGUGCGGAGAGCCAUGCAAAGGGGAAGUCCUCCGAGUCCAGUCCAAACACUUCCACAUCAAAUGCUUUAUAUGCAAAGUUUGUGGCUGCGACUUGGCUCAGGGCGGCUUCUUCAUCAAGAACGGCGAUUAUCUAUGUACGUUGGAUUACCAGCGCAUGUACGGUACAAAGUGCAGCGGUUGCGGGGACUUCGUGGAGGGAGAGGUGGUGACCGCGCUAGGAAAGACUUAUCACCCCAGCUGCUUCGCCUGCACCGUCUGCAAGUAAGUGU